AGAAAGAUGGCGACGGAGAUUUUGUACACAAUCCACGUUUAUGUCUUAUUUUUGCUUUUAACCUUUCGGUUUUCUUCUAGUUUUAUCGGCAAUGGUGAAAACUACCGUCGGAAUGUAUCCCUGGAGCUGAACCCUGGUCUGAACUCCUUGCUGACACCGCUGCCCCCUGGUGUUGGCUUGCUCCAUGUGCGGGCACUCGGCAAAAACAACACACUGCAUUACCUCCUCUGCAGCCAGGGGGCGCCCGCGUUACUACUCGUGCACACAAGCUCCAUUUCAUCCAAGGUGGAGGUAGACUGGCCUGCUUUCCUCAUGCAAAAUACCACAGGCAGCCUGAAAGUGACUCCAGAGAGCAGUGUUCUGUACAGCAAUGCACUCGUCUUUACCAGGCUGUGGGAGUAUGACGACGUCAACGACACAGCUGACCCUGAGCACCUACCCCCCUCCAGCUUUUUCCAGCCCUACGAGCUGCAGAAUUUCUCCUGGGGCGACCUGAACAAGACAUUGGACCCCACAGGCCACACCGCCUUGCUUUGUGGAAGAGAUGCCAGCAAGAGCUUCAGCAAUGGCUCGCUCUGUCUGAAGUUCUCAGCCUUUGAUGUUGAGGGGCGUGACCAAGGCUGGCCCAGUCUCCUCCACAACGCUAACUCCUCCCAGCUGAGGGUGGGGCUGGACGGCGUGGCCCCGAGGUCCAAUCGCUCCCGCUUUUCCCUAGAGCUACAGGCUGUGGGAGACACCCAGCCCAUGAGCAGAGUGGACAUGCUCCGGUCAAUAGAUGACGAAUACACACCCUCCAUAUUCAAGGUAUCUCAGUGGGUGUCCUCUCCAGUCAACUCCACCUCCCCUGUUCUUGGCUACGCCCAAUGGAAGCCUGUGGCCUACCGCAGGCCGUCGCCUGCCUUUGAGGAUGCCACUCCCUGCCGGCACUCAACGCCUGUCCCUGUAGCCCAGCUUCCCCCCUCCGGCCUGGUGCGGGCUUAUUUUGGAGGGGAGCACCAGACCACCGGGCUCAACAUGACCUUCAGUAUAACUGGAGACCCAUUCUACAACACCACCAACUACCUUAGCUGGACUGUGUUGGUGGGACUGGGCUCUCCUCCUGUGGACUUGUUUUCUCCCCUGGUUCUGGUCAUCAUGGUGGUGGGGCUGGGCACUCCCAUGCUGAUCAUCCUGCUGGGCGGGGUGUGUGUGUGUGUCCGCAAGAACAGGCCCCAAACGCAGGUUUAUGAGCCAAUCCAGGCCAAGCCUUUAACCAUUUUCUAGCCAAUGAACAGAGACACCUCUGGGCACAGUUUUUCAAAAGUUAUCUAUCUGGAUUUACCCUAUCGGAUACGAUUAAAUGCAUAGAGAAAGUGUCCGGCAGGUGUCAAUCUUUUUUUAAAUGAGGUGCACUAAUACAUGUGGAAUACACCACUUGCACGGAGCUCUGUCUAAUACGGCCAUCCAUUGUUGGCACAAUCAACCAAUAAGUCUUUGACAGAAACUCACUUCUAACCACCUGCAUAAUUUGGGAAUGGGCUGAAUCAUCCUGUGGAUGAGAGCCAAUUAAUGAGUGUGUUUAUUUGUGCUUGUGAAUGCCAAAGGCUCCCAUUUCAACCCUGACAUUCCGUGUGAGCAUUUUUAUUUUAUGGGGCGGCAGUGUAGCCUAGUGGUUAGAGCAUUGGACUAGUAACCGAAAGGUUGCAAGUUCAAAUCCCCGAGCUGACAAGGUACAAAAUCUGUCGUUCUGCCCCUGAACAGGCAGUUAACCCACUGUUCCUAGGCCGUCAUUGAAAAUAAGAAUUUGUUCUUAACUGACUUGCCUAGUAAAAUAAAGGUAAAAUACAGCAAAUUGUGAAAAGUCUUCUUACUGUAGUUAUACUUUAUUAUUAUAAUUUUUUUAAACUCAUGAUUAAGUACACACUUUCAGUUCUGUGUAAAACAGUAUAUUAUCUUAUCAUUGUUGCUCAACAAACAGUACACGAUGACAUGUUACACUGAAGCUGUCUGUUUGGCACUGCCAAGAUAAGAUAUACUGACCUGACAUGGGUCCUAUACUGUCUAAUGAUCGACUCACGCACAUAUAAAUAUCUGACGACAUCAGAAGGGAGCAGGGUUUUUUUUUUCAAACACUGAUCUGAGGUCAGUUUUUAUUGUAAUGGUUUAAUAAUUGGUGAAGAUAAGCUAAUCCUGGAUCUGCACCUGAAGGAGACCCACACCUGGAGCAGUGAGGAAAAUAAAUCUCAGGGAAGAACCUUAUAGAAACAAGGUUUGUUGCUUUUGUUCCCAACCCCCUGGAUGUUAGUUAUUCUUUGGGGAAAUGGGAAGCAUAGUUUGGGUCCAUGUGCUCUUCAAAGUAAACUGAAAUGUGAUCAUUCUAAAAUAUGUUUUAGGAUUGUUUUAAAUUCUUGAUUAAUGUUUAUUUGCGCUUCAAUGUGUCAGCUAAAUUAAGUUAGAAAUCGGUAUGGGAUUAGAAAAUGUUUUGUAUGAUCUUGUAAUUAAUGUUACUUUGACAACCAGUGUUGAUUUGUUGACCAUUUUUUUUUGUGUGGCAAACUUCUCCUUUGGAAUGAAUUUAAAACAUGCUUCAUAAUCAGGUUGUAAUCACAGAGUAAAUUACCUUGUGGAGUUUUUACCUGUGUUUUUCUAUUCGGCAAAAAUAUGUUACCUUAAUUUCAGAGCUAAAUGCAAAAUGUAAUGCAAAAACACCAGUACCUGAAAUAUUAUUAUGCAAUUUAAUACACAGGUCAUGUUCAUUUUUAUUUUGAGUAGACUUUACCUUUAAAUUAACUGAAUGGUAAUGUAUUGUCUCAAUCCAUGCAAUUGUCUUUUUUUUAAAGAAGAAGAAAUGGAUAGGCAAGUUAUUUACUGCUCAUUUAUUUUCUUUGUUAAACAAUGUCUGGUACACAAUGUCAUUACAGAAAUGUCAACAUGUUUUAAAAAAGCAACAAGGACUCUAAAUAUAACUGGUUUCUUGGCCACAUUUUAUAUACACAAUAUUGUUUUAGAUUUUAUAUAUAUAUGUUUUCAUCUCUACAAGAGAUGGGAAAAGGCAGGUUGUUAGAAUGUACAUAAUUGUAUUACAAAAUAUAUUUUUUCUUUACAAACUA